CCACUUAGAGAAACACAAAUGACAAAACCCUAGAUCAUCACUCUUCGUCAUCCCCGAUCUUUGCCUGGAGAAUCAUCAGAUGAGAGGAGCUAUAGGAAGAAGAUUGCCCAAUCCUAAUGGGUAUAACCUUGCAUCCGUAGCCAACCAGUCCCCUUUUCUCAUCCGACCCACCUCCCAUUUCUCCUCCUCCUCCUCCGGCGGACACGGCCGAGGACGCGGCCGCGGAGCUGCUACCGGCGAUGGAGGAUUAUCCGUAGGACGUGGCCAAUUCGAUUUUAGUCAGGCGCCGGGAAACCCCAGUGAACCGGAGAACCCAAAACGUGACUCGCCGGAACCGCCGCCAUCGGUCGGACAUGGUCACGGUCGUGGUCGACCGAUCGGAUCGGACCCAAUUUCUCCAGCGUUUUCCUCGUUCGUUUCGUCCAUCAGACCGGUUUCUCCCGGCGUCGGGCGCGGCCGAGGCGCGGCCGGACCAGCCCCGGGUCCAUCUUUCUCCGCCGAUUCUCCUCCUCCUCCGCCGCCGCCGGGGGAGCAGCCGCCGCAGCCACCGAAACAACCCAUCUUUGUGAAGUUGCAGGAGAUCAAGGAAUCGACGGCGUCUGAAUCUGGGAAAGUUAAUCUGCCUUCCGACAUAUUCGGUGCGCUAGGAAGUGAAAAUCUUCAUUCCAAUCGGGCAAAUGUGUUCGGAAGCGGAGCUGGUCGGGGAAAACCCGCGACAGAAACUGGUCCUGCGCAGCAGGUGCAGGAAGAGAACCGCCAUAUCCGCAGAGCUCAGGCGCAGCAGCAGCAGCGAUUCGGGAAGAGUGAAUCUCAGGGAAGUCCGAGGCAUGCUGUGAGGAGAGGGAGAGGGAGGGAGAGAGGAAGGGGGAUAGGAAGCGGGAGAGGAGGAAAUAGAGAAGGAUGGAGAGAUGGAAAGUCAGAGGAAGAGAUUGAGGCCGAAGCUAUGAGUGUGUUUGUGGGGGACAAUGCUGAUGGAGAGAAGUUUGCUAAGAGGGUUGGUCCUGAGAGGAUGGACGAGUUGAUGGAACGUUUCGAAGAGAUAUGCGACGAUGUUUUGCCUGAUACUGCUAUGGAUGCCUAUGUUGACGCCUACGAAACCAAUCUGAUGAUUGAGUGUGAGCCGGAAUAUCUGAUGGCAGACUUUGAAUCAAACCCUGAUAUCGAUGAGAAGCCACCAAUGUCUCUUCGUGAUUGCCUCGAAAAGGUGAAGCCUUUCAUAAUGAGUUAUGAAGGAAUCCAGAGCCAAGAAGAAUGGGAGGAAGCUAUCAAUGAGGUGAUGGAGAGGGCACCCCUGAUUAAAGAGAUUGUCGAUCACUACAGUGGGCCUGAUCGGGUUACCGCUAAGAAACAGAACGAAGAGCUUGAAAGAGUCGCUAAAACGCUUCCCCAAAGCGCUCCUGAUUCGGUAAAACGAUUCACCGAUCGUGCUGUUCUUACCCUUCAGAGCAACCCUGGUUGGGGCUUCGACAGGAAAUGCCAGUUCAUGGACAAGCUCGUUUGGGAGGUUUCACAGCAAUACAAAUAAAAAGGUUACAAAGCAGAAAACUUUCUAAACGUAUGUAUGUUCUCAGCGAACGAGAAUGAGAUUCGUUGUCUUGUUGAUCUGAUCUCUCUGCCAACAUCUUUAGACGUUACCAGUUUCCAAGUUUCCUUCAAAAGCAAAUGCUCGGAUUUGGCUUUCGGUCUUCUUUUGUACCCUUUUAGACCCUUAUGUUAAUUUUCAGGGUUUUGUAAUAAUGGCACUGUCCUUCCCUCCAUUCGUUGCACGAUUCAAUUUGUUUCA